AUGUGUGCCUGUGUGCCUGUUGUGUUUCAGGACGCUGAGAUGCACGGUGCUCAUAGCUCGAUAGAGUCAGACCCAUCUGAGUGGGAAGGUAUGGAGAUAAGUAAAGAAGGAAUGGAGCCAGGAAGAGUGUCCGGAGACAGCAUGAGAGAAGAGAGGAUGGAUCUGAGACGGGCUGAGGAUGUAAGAGUGAUGGAGGUAGACGUCCGGAGGAGGGAUGUUGGUGUGCAAGUGAACAUGGAUGAGGAAAGCAUGGAAAAGUCUCAAAAGGACGCCCAGGCUAAGGGUUCUAGGAAUUCAAGUGCAGGAGAAGUGGAUCCCUCCAUUCUGAGUACAGCAGCGAAGAGAGGGAAGAAGAAGGUGAGAGGCCUUCAAAAGACGAAGAAGGGCAAGGGUUGGCAGAGACCUGGUGGUGGCUCGAGUUUUGGCUCAGGCCCUCCAAGAUGUUUGACGUGUGGCAAGUUACAUCGUGGACCUUGUCGGAAGGGGACAACGGCUUGUUUCAGGUGUGGACAGGAAGGGCACUUUGCGCGUGACUGUCCUACUUCGCCCAGGGUGGUACAAGCCCAACGGUUAGCUACCAGGAAUGUAGGUCAGGCCAGUCACCAGGGACAUAGAGGAGCAGCCACAGCGGACACAGUGAUGCCAGGUGCUCUAGGAGCUUUGAGCAGUUGA